AGUUGACAAUACCUUCAAUUGACUGUUGGAGCCAACUUGUCAUAUUUUAAAUUCUCAAAAUAUUAUUACAAAACAACUAUCCAAACGAAUGAGUCAUAUGCUCAAUUCCUCGCUCCCCUAUAUAAAGAGAACCAAACUUUAGACAUUCACAACCACACAUAUCAAUAAGUUUUCACAACAAAAACCCAAAUCAAAGCAUUCUCAAAGCAUGGUUGAAGCAACUAUGGUGGUGGCUCAAGAAGCUUCAAUCCAUGGAGACAUGUUAGAGACAAUCCUAUCGUACGUGCCACUCAUCGACCUCGUACCGGCUUCACACGUGUGCAAGUCAUGGAAGCGUGCGGUGUUUUCUUCUCUCCGCCACCUCAACAAGCCCAAACCAUGGCUCAUCGCUCACACGCACACCACUUCGCACGCGUUCGACCCCAGGUCGCACGUGUGGAUCGAAAUCAAACAACAACAGCCGCCGAUCAAACAACAACAGCAAAUCUCCACCCUCCGAUCGUCUCACUCCAACCUCCUCUACAUGCUCUCCCCAUCGAAGCUCUCCUUCUCGUUCGACCCGCUCCAUCUGACGUGGCACCACACCGACGCGCCGCUGGUCUGGCGGGUCGACCCGAUCGUCGCCGCCGUGGGCCGCCACAUCAUCAUCGCCGGUGGUACCUGCUAUUUCGAGGACGAUCCACUCGCCGUCGAAAUCUACGACGUCGAGACUCGCGCGUGGGAAUUGUGCGAUCCUAUGCCGGCGAUUCUCAAAGACUCCUCGGCUUCGACGUGGCUAUCGAUCGCGAGCGACGAUUUGAAGCUGUUCGUGACGGAGAAACACUCCGGUGUGACGCACACGUUUGAUCCGGAGACGAAGACUUGGUCUGGACAGUACGAUCUCCGUCCCGAUCCGUGUAUUUUCUACUCUGUGAUUGCGUUUUCCGAUGACCGUUUGAUCUUAGCGGGACUCAUCGGAGAAAUAGAUAAUGUCAGAGGAGUGAAACUUUGGGGAGUGAAUUGUGAGAGCUUUGAGUGUGAAGAGAUUGGAGAGAUGCCAUUGGAGUUUCUCGAGAAACUGAAGGGAGAGAGUUUUCAACUUUCUUCGAUCGCUGUUUGUUUCGCGGGAAAAGUUGUAAAUAUCUACAAUCCUUUGAUGGCGGAGGAAGUGUUCAUGUGCGAGUUCGUUGACGGCGGUUGCCAGUGGUGGAGCGUGCGAAAUGCGGCUGCGAAUCGCUGGAAUCGGAUGGAGACGGUGGUGUUUACGAGCUCCAAGGUUGGGAUUGAAGACUUGCACAGGGCGGUGUGGUCAGAGAAUCGGAGGUUUGCGGUGGUGAGUCCCGAGUGACCUGACUUGGGUCAAUCGGGGUUUCGUAUAUGCCCCAAUGGAUUUCUAUAGGUGAUAAAAAUUUAUUGUAAUAAUAUUCGAUUAAAUUUGUAAUUAAUGGUGUAAAAAUACUAGAAAGAUUGUUGUCAUUUUGAGCGAUACUUCUUUUUAGAAGUACCAAGUGUGUUUAUGAAUUGUGAUCAAUCUACAAUUUUAUUGAUGAGCA